AUUUGGGUGUCUCUCAUUACUCAGCAAUGUAUUUACGAAACUGAGCUCUAUCAUCAUCUCCAAUCCCAGCGAAGAGUUGAGAAAUCGCAACUCACGCAAUGCUCAGAGCUUUCAGAGACCGUUCAAUCACUUCCCGUGUAGCUUCAAAUUGCAGACUUCUUGGCACAUUGGUUUUAGCCGAACAUGAAGGUGGUUCUAUCAACGCCCCAUCUGUGAGUGCAGUAGAGGCUGCAAAAUCUCUAAGUGAUGACAAUUCUGUUUCUAUUCUACUCGCUGGAUCAGGUCCGUCUCUUCGAGAAGCUGCUGAACAUGCUGCCUCAUGUCACCCUUACAUUUCUCAGGUGCUUAUGGCUGAUUCAGAUAAACUUACAUAUCCUUUGGCAGAAUCGUGGGCUAGAUUAGUUCAUUUGGUCCAGCAGAAAGGCAGCUACUCUCACAUAGUUACUGCGUCGGGUUCUUUCGGGAAAAACAUACUACCACGUGCAGCUGCCCUUCUGGAUGUUUCUCCAAUUACUGAUGUCAUUGAAAUUUCUGGAUCGCAUAAAUUUGUCAGGCCAAUUUAUGCUGGGAAUGCUCUUUGCACUGUUCGAUAUACUGGUUCCGACCCUUGUAUGUUGACAAUUAGGUCCACAUCUUUUCCAGUGGUCCCAAUAUCAGAUAAUGCAAGAUCUGAUGCAGCGCCAAUUUCACAGAUUGACCUCUCAACCUUUGGUGAAGAUGCAAUUGAUAAAUCUAGAUAUAUAAAGCUUAGUUCUCAGAAUUCAGAGCGCCCAGAUCUUGGAAAUGCACGUGUAGUGAUCACUGGGGGGCGGGCAUUGAAAAGUGCUGAGAAUUUUAAAAUGAUAGAGAAGCUUGCUGAGAAACUUGGUGCUGCAGUUGGGGCUACUCGUGCGGCUGUUGAUGCAGGAUUUGUUCCUAAUGACCUCCAGGUUGGCCAAACUGGAAAGAUUGUUGCCCCAGAAUUGUAUAUGGCUUUUGGUGUUUCUGGAGCCAUUCAACACUUAGCAGGCAUGAGAGAUUCUAAGGUCAUUGUUGCUGUAAACAAGGAUGCAGAUGCACCAAUAUUUCAGGUUGCUGAUUAUGGACUUGUAGGUGAUCUGUUUGAGGUGAUCCCGGAGUUGUUAGAGAAGCUUCCUGAGAAAAAAUAGAUGUGUUGUUUGUACACCAAGUGAUUAAUCCAUUCUCUUUUUGGCUAGAAGGUACAACCGAAUAAUAAUAAAUGAAAUCAUGAUACCUGAGAUGUUGAUAUCACUGUGCCUGAUUUUUCAUAUUUGUCAAAAUGAAAAUUAUAUUUCUGGCCCUAUUUCUAUUGUUUGUCAUGCUUUCAGCUAUUCAAUUACCAUAUGGAAUUGGGAUGUACUUCUUUACUGAGAA